AUGGCGGGGGAUCCCCCAGUCCGGGGAGCCCCAAAUUCUGGGGGGGUGGCGGCGCGACCAGCCGAGCGCCGAGCGCGCCGCCCGCGCCUGCGCGACCAGCCGAGCGCCGAAUCAUCCACCCCCGCCUCCAGCUGCCCGCGCAGAGCUCGAGGGGCGGGGACACAGAAAACGCGCGGGCGAGGCGAGGAGAACGCGCGGGGUCCUGACCCGCCGCGCCCCGCGGGCCGGGUCCGGCAGGAUCGGUUUCUCGCCGCGCUGCCGGCGGGCACCCCAGCGGGAUCGCGUUUGCCAGCGGCGGGCGGAGGAUUCCGGACCCUGCGGAGCCGCCGGCGUCACGGGAGAGGACACGGAACCCCCGUGACAAAAGGGAGAGCUUCCCCCCACCCGUUCCCCUCCUCGUCCUCCCCUUUUCCCGCCCUCCGGGGCCGACCCGAAUUCCGCCGUUUUCCCCCCAAAACCGCUCCGGUGCUGCCGUACCCUUCCCGUGACCCCCUACCCCCCCCGCGAACAGCCGCCGCGCUCAGGACUCUCUGCAGACGCCCCCAGGUGCCCCCCACCAUGGACGGCGCUUCCCCCAACGGCUUGGCGACGCUGCCGAGCUCGGGGGCGACCCAGGAGGGCUCGGCGGGACCCCCCCAAAGCGAGGGGGCCGCCCCCGGUAGCGGCGAGACGCUGAUCACCGAGGGCCGGGCCACCAUCGUCUUCCCCAGCGCCAACGAGGUGUUUUACAACCCCGUGCAGGGCUUCAACCGCGACCUCACCUGUGCUGUCCUGACAGAAUUCGCUCGGCUCCAGCUGCGCCCCAAAGGAAUUCAGGGUACGGCAGCUUUGGGGGGAUCCUCAUCCACCCCCCAGACCCCUUUUUGGAGGUCCCUCACCCCCGCCUCUUUUCUAGUCAUCCUUCCAGGCGAGGAGGAGCUGGGGGAGAGCCCCCAAAGCCCCCCCGAGGCCGGGGACCCUCCGACAGUCCCUGAGACCCCGCGGACAGCGCGGCCAGGAGAGCCCUGCGAGGGGGGGCUGCGGGUGCUGGAGGCGCUGGCGGCCUCGGGGCUGCGCUCCGUGCGCUUCGCCCGGGAGGUGCCGGGGCUCGGGGCCGUGGUGGCCAGCGACUGCUCCCCGCGGGCAGCCGAGCUGAUGGCCCGCAACGUGGCCCGCAACGGCGUCGGGGCGCUGGUCACGCCCCGGCUGGCUGAUGCCAGGUGA